CGGUGAUGCUAUCGCCCGCUUAUCUCCGCGCCCAGCCCACCUAACCUCACAUCGAGAGUAAGGUCGUUACCAGGCUCACGGACGAUUAUCGCCCGAUCCGUUUUCUCGAGCCUCAUUCCCGCGCUUUUUCCCCGGUGCCACGACCCGGUUAAUCCGGCGUAGUGUGUGUGACUUUCCGCCGGACGCUGAUUUUCUGUCGGAGGAGUUUUGGAGAUUUUGUGGAGUGAAAAUCCUUCCGUCGGACAAAAACUGUGAAGUGUUUACAAAUCAAUUUGGAAUAAUGACGUUCAACGGAAAUGCAAAAUGAACUCAAUAUCUAGCGAUUGCACGGCUGGGUGACAGUGGACUUAAAGCUCUAUCACUUCAAUCAUGAAAAUUAGCAAUCGAUUUUGGCAUCAAUCAAUGAUUGCGUUCCGCGAGAGAAUGGCGCUGAAAUGAUGGCAACCAUGUCAUGGCCAACCUGAACCCAGCGGAAACGAACAACAACUGCCCCCAGAACUCAGGAAGCCCGGGUUCGACGCCCGAUGUCGCCAAGAAAACCGCCAACGAGUCCGCCAACGACCAAGUGAUGCUCAUCAACAUGGGCGGCGAGAACCACCUGCAGCAGUUCUCGAAACAGGCCGGAUGGACGCCCAAACCGGAAGUCGACGCGCCGGAAGUCGGCUCCCCGGAAAUCAGCCGCCGCGUCCCCGUCGCCAAAAUCACGACACCCGAGACCGGAAACGAAGUCUCGGUAACCAGGGGCCGAGUCUCGCAGAUGAAGAGCAUCUUCUCCGGGAUCGAAGGCAAUACUACCGAAACCAAAAAUACUGUCUCCGAGUUUAAAAACGCGCUCUCGCGAACCGGAAACGCCACCUCCGUGCCUAUCACGCGAAUAGACACGAAACCGGGAAGCGAGGUAGCGGAAAAGAGAAGUAAAACGGAAAGUAGAACGGACCCUGCAAGUGAGGGUGACAACGGAAGUAAAAAGGUUUUUGUCAGUGAAUCGGAGACAGGAAGUGAACAGGACACUAGAAGUGAUACCAAAAGUAAAUCGGAAACUGGGAGUGGAGUGGAAAUCAGAGAUGGAGAUAGGACGGAAAUUGGAAGUCGAACAGAAUUCGAAAGUCGAAAAGAAUCCGGAAGUCGAACGGAAUCCGGAAGUAGGAUGGAAUCCGGAAGUAGGAUGGAAUCCGGAAGUAGGACGGAAUCCGGAGGUCGGACGGAAUCCGGAAGUAGGACAGACGUGGAGGUUAGAAUGCGGAUACCGUCGUGGAAGAACGGGGGGCUGGAGUGCCGGAAGAGUGAGAGCGACGACUCGAAGAGGAGCUCGGGGUCCGGGAAGUCGUUGAGCACGAACGAGUUGGUGAGUCUUCUGUCGGAGCGACCGGAGGUGGUGGAGAAGUUCAUCCUGGAGGUGGCCGACGCGGACAACAUCCAGCGGCUCCUGGCGCAGCGCAACCGCUCCAGCUCGGGGGAGAGCGAGGCGCAAGUGGGGGUCCUCGACGACCUCCCGACGAGGUCCAAACGGACCACCUCGGUCACCUCGGACCUCUUCAACAACUGGCUCGCGUCGUCGCCGAUCAAGAGGGCCAAAUCUCCCAGCGGGUCGCGCUCCAGCGGGGACUGGCGGCGUCACCUGGGCUCGCUGGACGAGGGGGAGCUCUUCAUGGAGCUCAUCAAGGACGUCUCGAACGAGCUGGACCUGGACGUGCUCUGCCACAAGAUCCUGGUCAACGUGAGCCUCCUCACCCACGCCGACCGCGGGAGCCUCUUCCUCGCCCGCGGCCUCCCCGACAACCGAUACCUCAUCGCCAAACUCUUCGACGUCACCGUCAACACCAAAUUGGAGGAGGCCGUUGAAAAAGCAAAAGCCGAGGAAAUUCGAAUCCCGUUCGGCGUGGGAGUAGCGGGUUCCGCGGCGCUGUGCAAACAAGUCGUCAACAUCUCCCACGCGUACGAGGACCCAAGGUUCAAUCCAGAGAUUGACCAACGGACGGGGUACAAGACGUCGCUGCUGCUCUGUGUGCCUAUCUGCAAUUAUGAAGGCGACGUCAUUGGAGUUGCUCAAAUCAUAAAUAAGACUGAUGGUAGCGAUGCAUUCACCGAACGUGAUAUUGAGGUAUUUCAACGUUACCUUACGUUUUGCGGCAUUGGUAUCCAGAAUGCUCAACUGUUUGAGAUGUCUGUACAGGAGUUCAGGAGAAAUCAGAUUUUGCUGAACCUCGCACGUAAUAUUUUCACAGAGCAAAAUAACCUAGAAUGUUUAGUCACAAAGAUCAUGACUGAAGCAAGAGAACUGCUGAAAUGCGAACGAUGUGCUGUUUUUUUACUGGACUCGGAAUGUGGAGAAGCUGGUCACCUAGAGAGGAUACUGGAGAGGCCAGGAAAAGCAAUCGAAGCCCACAAACCGUUGAUGCGGAGAGAGAGCAAUAACGUUGACAUAGCUGAUGUUUUGAGUUUUAAGUUUGAUUUUAAGAGUAUACACUUUACAAAACUGUUUGAGAUGCGAGAUGGCUCUCAUAUGUCGGAAGAAAGCAAUCCUCAACAUCAGCCUCAUAGAAAACUGAACCAAAUUGCCAAGUACGUUGCGGCAACUGGACAGAUUUUGAACAUAGGAGACGUUCAAUCUUGGUUCGGAGUAACCGACGGCAAUCCUGACAGCCAAGAGGAAAGCGAGGAAGAGCAGGAAAUCAAGUGCAUUUUGUGCAUGCCCAUUUUGAAUGGGCAAAAAACUGUGAUAGGUGUCGCCCAGCUGAUCAACAAGGAGACUGGGCAGCCAUUUACUGACUGUGAUGUUUCUAUUUUUGAAGCCUUUGCAAUAUUUUGUGGUCUUGGUAUUCAUAAUACGCAAAUGUACGAAAGUGCAUGUAAAUUGAUGGCAAAGCAAAAAGUAGCCUUAGAAUGUCUGUCGUACCACGCGACGGCAUCGUUAGAUGAUACUUUGCGACUUAUCAACGACGAGAUCCCAUCCGUGGAAACGUAUAACUUGUACAGUUUUAAAUUUAUAGACUUCGACCUAACGGAUGAUGAUACGUGUAGAGCAACCAUUAGAAUGUUCCUUCAAUGCAACUUGGUGCAACAGUUUCAUAUUCCUUACGAGGUCUUGUGUCGCUGGGUUCUAAGUGUGAAAAAGAACUACAGGCCGGUGAAAUACCAUAACUGGAGGCACGCUCUGAAUGUUGCUCAAACCAUGUUCGCCAUGCUGAAGACCGGAAAAAUGGAGAGAUUCAUGACUGAUCUCGAGAUAUUGGGUUUGUUAGUGGCUUGCCUGUGCCACGACUUGGACCAUCGGGGAACAAACAACGCCUUCCAAACGAAAACUGAGUCGCCUCUUGCUAUCCUCUACACAACAAGCACGAUGGAACAUCAUCAUUUCGACCAGUGCGUCAUGAUUCUCAACAGUGACGGCAAUAAUAUUUUCCAGGCCUUAUCUACAGAAGAUUACCGAACUGUGAUGAAGAUUGUAGAGAAUUCAAUUCUCUCUACAGACUUAGCAAUGUACUUUAAGAAAAAAUCGUUAUUCAUGGAGUUGGUCGAGAACGGCGAAUUUGACUGGCAAAGUGAAAGCAAGAAAGAGAUUUUGUGCGGGAUUCUCAUGACUGCCUGCGACGUCGGGGCGAUUGCAAAACCGUGGGAAGUUCAGCACAAGAUGGCAAAGUUGGUUGCAGAUGAGUUCUUCGACCAGGGCGAUCUCGAAAAAUUGCAGCUCAACCAGCAGCCAAUGGCUAUGAUGGACAGGGAACGAAAAGACGAACUACCAAAAAUGCAAGUCGGGUUCAUUGACUUAAUAUGCCUUCCUCUAUAUAAGGUUUUAUCGGAGACUUUCCCUUGGAUACAACCACUGUAUGAAGGAACAAUGGAAAAUCGUAGACACUGGCAAGAUUUGGCGGAAAAAGUCGAGAUGGGCCUUACUUGGAUCGACCAUGAUGUCAUCGAAAAACCGGUUGAAGAAUUUUCUUCUGAUCUGGAUGCAAAAGACAUCGAGUUCACGGUCACAACGUUGAACUGUGUUCAUUCUCUAGAAAAAAGAACACCAGAAAGGAUCGCUGACGGAGACUCGAUGAGCCUGGUCUCGGCGUCGACGGUGCUGGGGCACGGGCGGAACGGCGGUGGGACCCGCUUCGCGAGCCUGCGCAAGUCGAAGGCCUUCGGGAAGACGGUGCGGGAGCGGUUCUCCCGCUCGCUGUACCAGCAGGCGCAGGCGCAGGCGCAGUCCUCCGGCUCGGGGCUGGGGCAGGCGGCGUCGCCGUCCAAGGAGCACAUGAGCGAAUCCGUCUCGAACCAGGACUCCCUCUUCUCGCAGACCUCGAGCAGCACCCGCUCCACUGACAAGCUCGCCGCCGUCGCCUCCGCCAUUCCCGAAGACGAGGAGAAGCCCCACGAGACCAAACCGCCCCCCAAGGCCAAGUCCAAGAUAUGCCGCAUCAUUUGAAAUUAAUCCAGGGCACCCUAGUUAUCUCUUUACCAUAUGAAAAAAUUAAACACUAAAAAGUGGCCCGAAACUGUAUGUAACAAGGUGGAGAAAUGGACGUAUUUAUGCUAAAAGGAGGUAUGUGCAAGUGGAAAGAUG